CCUUUGGAAAUCAAAAGUAGGAAAAUCGUUGAUAUGAAAAUACUUGAUUUUGUGUCAAUUUGAAAAAAUAGCUAGAAACAAUUCUAUGCAAAAUGACGUCAUUUCCGGAGUUGCUACGAGAGACCAAACAUCAAAAUUUCUAGAAUUUUUACAAAAUUAUUGAAUUCUAAGGGAAAUCUCUGAGGCCUAGAACUAUGAAAAGACUUAUUAAUUGAUUCAACAUGGCGGGAAAGAAGAAAAAGAAGUCGGGGAAGUUGGCCAAGAUGACAGAGGAGGAAAGAAUCUUAUAUCUUGAGCAACAGCGUUUAGCCGAAGAAGAAAUGCGCAAAAAGAAAGAAGAUAUGUUGACCCAGUUUUUGAAAGACAAGCUUGCCAAGGAAGAAAAGGCCUCUAGAUUUAACCUGAAUAAAUUGAACAACCAAUGGCGUAAUAUUAUGAGAGAAGCCAAAUCGAAAGAACUGAAGAAAGAAAUCGAAAUACUUAGUCAGACAUUUGAACGAGUUGUUGACAGGAAGGAGAGCGUCAUCAAGUCACUUGCCAAAGAUUUGUUGGAGGCAGAAGAGCAAUAUUCAAUGGCAUUAAGAAGUCAUUUACAAAAUAUAGAUGGAUUAAUAGAUCUGCAAAAACAGCGACUUCACACACUACAGGAAGAGUACCACGUUGAGCUUGAUGUGCUGAAAGAGGAGUUUGAUACUGAGCGUGAGAUGAUGAUAGAACAACAUACAAAGGAGAUGACUGAUCUGCAAGAUGUUGUGUUUGCAAUGGAGCAGAACAAUCAGGAGAGAGAGACUGAUGCUAAGGGAGAAUUCCAGAGCAUGCGAGAUGAGAUCAAAAACAAGAAUCUAGAAGAGAAACAUGCUCUCAGAGUCCAGCUUGAGACUGCUGUGGAGGACCUUUGGUACCAGUUCCAACAAGCACUGAAGAACUACAAUGAGACAACUGAGGAAAGGAAGAAUGCAUUUGAACAACUCAAGCUCAAAGAUGAGAAAAGUGCGAAAGAGAUUGAGAUGCAAAUGAGAAAAUUACAGCGCAUUGCAGACCACAUUGCCCAAUUAAAAUCCAAGAUGACUGCCAAUGCAAAAGAAUGCGAAGAGCGCAAUAAACAACUUCGGGAAGAACGAGAGAUGAUGCAGGCUCAUUUCCAACAGCUUAAGGGUCAGAUGAAUAAAUUACGUGAAAUUGAACGUGAAAAAUUAACCAAACUAACACUUGAGAGCAAUACUGCCAUCAAGGAAUCAAAAAGGAAAGCUGAAAAGGGUGAGAGAAUUCUACGAUUAGCAGAAAUGUGUCGAAAAAUGGAGACAGAGGAGGAAAAAGUUUUGCCGUUUUAUGCGUCAUCUUUGACGGAGGAAGAACAAGGGGAUGUUGAAGCUGCCGUCACUGAGGCUCCUUCUGAACCUUUGGCAGCUGUGAUGCAUGAAUACACAUCAUUAGAAAACUUCUGGAAGCGCUACAAUAAAACCCUACUAGACAAAGUAGCAUUGGAUAAAGAAAAAUCAACUCUUUUAAAUGAAAAUACGACCCUCCGUACGUUACUGAAACAAUACUUAGAUGGUAUAUCUGUGAAUGAUGAGAUCUUAAGCCAAGUGAAUCCACUGUUUGUAGUCAACCAGAAAACCAAUGUAAAAUUGAAUGUACCAGUUCAUGACCCAAGAGUACAGAGACCAUCAAAGACAGUUGUAGAGGCUGCUCAUGUAGUGCAACAUAUUCUACCCUCAUAGUAACAGUAUAACUCAGUGACACCUAUUGAGUAAUUCUUGGACAUUACGAUUCUUUUAAAUACAUCAUAUAUGUGUAUUAUACACCCAUCAAUAUAAUGCCUCGGUCAUAUUUGAUCU